CUUUCUCCCAAAAACCCUAAACCCCCAAAAUGGUCAUAUCUUUCCUCAGUUUAAUCGUCCCUCUCCUUGAAACCCUAGCAAAACAUCGUGCCUUUGUCUCUUCCUUCACCACUGCUUAUUCUCUUCCUCCGCCUCCAUGGCCGCCACCACUCCAGCGCCUCCACCUUCAGCCACAAAACCCACCAAAUCGAUCACCAAAACGGUGCAGAAAGCCGUAAACGCCCUCAUCAAAUGGCGGAACGACAAGCUGCAGACCCAGAACCCCGAUCUCCUGGAAUCCGACGAGUUCGCCUACCUAGUUCUCACCCUCAAGAAAAUCCCGCAAAAGGGUCGCGUCAACGCCUACAAAAUCCCCAUCCCAAAUCCCGUCCACUCCCAACUCUCCGAGGUCUGCCUGAUAUACGACGACGGACCCAAGUCCGACCUCAACAAGGACUCCAUCGAGAAGAAAAUAAAGGCCGAAAACAUACCCGUGUCGAAAAUCUUGAGGCUUUCGAAGCUCAAGAGCGAUUACGUGCCCUUUGAGUCCAAGAGGAAGCUGAUGUAUUCUUAUGACAUGUUUCUGGCUGAUAAGCGGAUUGUGCCGUUGCUGCCGAAGUAUUUGGGGAAGCACUUCUUUAAGAAGAAGAAGAUUCCGGUGCCGGUGGACUUGCAGCACAAAAAUUGGAAGGAGCAGGUGGAUAAGAUUUGUGGGUCGGCUUUGUUGUUCUUGAGUACAGGGACGUGUAGUGUGGUGAGAGUUGCGAAAGUUUCGAUGAGCAUUGAUGAGAUUGUGGAGAAUGCAGUUGCGGCGAUUAAUGGGAUAGUGGAGAUUGUGCCGAAAAAUUGGGGAGGUGUGAGGUCGUUUCAUUUGAAGUUGUUUGAAUCGCUUGCGUUGCCGGUUUAUCAGGCGGUUCCAGAUGUGACAUUGAAGAUUGAGGGAGAGAAGGGGGUUGAGGAAGGUGAGAAGGAGGUGAAAGAGGUUGUUAAGAGUGAGAGUAAGGAUUUGAAGAGUGAGAAGAAGAGUAAGAAGAAGGGUAGGAUUCAUGAAGUGAGGUAUUUGGAUAGCAAUGUCAGCGAGGUGCUUGAUGAUGAUGAUUUCGGUAUUGUUGGUGGUGUGGACAUUGGGGAAGGUAAGCAAAGCGAGAAUGAUGAACAGGGCAGUGGCGAAUUGGGGAAGAAGAAGAGGAAGAAAGAAAAAGUUGCUGGUGAGUUGAAGGGUGAGAAAAGGUUGAAGAAAUCAGCUAAGGCGAAAGAUGAUGCUGAGUUAAAUGGGGAAAAGGUUAUUGGUGAAAAGAAGUUGAAAAGGUCGGCGAAGGCAGGAGAAGAAGAUGGGAUGUCCUUGAAAGAGAAGAAAAAAGAUGUUACAAAGAAGAAAGCAGAUGAUUCGUUGGCUCAAGGAGAAGAGUCCAUUGGAAAGAAAGAGAAGAGAAAGAGUAAAGAGUCUGUUGGAAAGAAGGAGAAGAGGAAGAGUGAAGAUGAAAAGUUGAAGAGCACAGAAGCAAACCUGAAGAAGGCCAAGAGAAGUAAGAAAGCAGCAGAGUGAUUCGGGAUAACAGGCUGCAGGCGAAUGACAGGCUUUGCGGUGGGAUUCAAUACAUCCGGGCAAGUGUGGCUAAUCCAUAGAGUCGUCUGGAAGAAUUUUGAUUGUUGUGUAUUUUAUUCUGGUAUUGAAAUGAUGAUCUUAUUUGUUAGUUUAUGAGUUGACAUUGCCUAUUUACUUAGUUAUAACUUAUGGAGAUCAUACAAAAUCUUUACUUUUC